CCUGCCUCCUAAGACAAACCACACAGCGAGACAAAACACUGCGGCUUUCUUCUUCUCUAACCACAGCCUUCGGAAUCACCUUUUAACCCUUUAACAAAGACUCUGCAUGGAGAAAGAAAGGUUUUAAGGACUUGUGCAAAACCUCUUAACUUUCUUUUGAACUUCUUAUACGGUGGAGAGUUUAGAGACGCGCGCUGUAUCGAACUCUCUCCGCGCGAGCGCCGCGCGUAAUGCAAAGCGACUCGGUUUUAUUCCGGAUUUUGACGUUCGCUACAGCGAAGAGGAAGCUAAAUCGCAUUGUAAAUUAUGUCGGUGCUUCUCCAGAGCGCGUCCAGAAGCUCCCGUGCCUUUCUUUCCACGCGAUCCACCUGUAGCGCUCGCGCGUAAAGCCCGAGUGGAACCGAGCUUCUCCAACUUUUUUCGCAUUCUGGAAAGCGCCGAACGGAUUUCACGUAGCUAGAUCCCAUCUAUUUUGAAUCGAGAACUCAGACUUUGGUGCUGGUUUGAAGUGCCCUUACCUUUGCUGACAUUGUUGUGAUGCGCAUCCCGGUAGAUCCGAGCACCAGCCGCAGGUUCAGUCCGCCGUCCAGCAGCCUUCAGCCGGUGGCGGGGAAGAUGAGCGAUGCGCCGCAGGAGCAGAACGCGGCGCUGCCGAGACUCCGACAGCACGACAACCGGACGAUGGUGGAGAUCAUCGCGGACCACCCCGCCGAACUCGUGCGGACGGACAGCCCCAACUUUCUGUGCUCGGUGCUGCCGUCCCACUGGAGGUGCAACAAAACUCUCCCGGUGGCGUUCAAGGUUGUAGCUCUGGGAGAUGUUCCUGACGGGACGGUGGUGACAGUUAUGGCAGGAAAUGACGAGAACUAUUCGGGAGAGCUGCGAAACGCCUCGGCUGUCAUGAAGAAUCAGGUGGCACGUUUCAACGACCUGAGAUUUGUUGGCAGGAGUGGAAGAGGAAAGAGCUUCACGCUGACAAUCACAGUAUUCACGAACCCACCGCAAGUGGCUACUUACCACCGAGCCAUAAAGGUCACAGUGGACGGACCGCGGGAGCCGCGGAGACACAGACAGAAACUGGAAGACCCCCCUAAACCGCCGCUCUUCUCCGAGCGCCUGAGCGAGUUAGAGCGUUUGCGCCAGACCACCAUGAGAGUUGCCAUGCAAACCCAGAGUCCCCGGCCGUCUCUCAACGCCACGCCGAACUCCUUCAACCCGCAGGGGCAAACUCAGAUCUCAGAUCCACGGCAGACGCAGUCCUCUCCGCCCUGGUCCUACGAGCAGCCCUACACUCCUUACCUGAGCCAAAUGACAUCUCCAUCCAUCCACUCCACCACCCCGCUGUCCUCCACCCGCGCCACGGGCCUCCCCUCCAUCAGCGACGUGCCAAGACGCCUCUCAGGUACGUCGGAUCUCAGUCCGUUCUCGGCCGACCCGCGGCAGUUUGAACGUCAAUUUCCCGGUCUGUCCUCCCUCACAGACUCCCGUUUCCCCAGUCCCAGAAUGCACUAUCCCGCGACCUUCACAUACACCCCUACACCGGUCACUUCGGGCAUGUCUCUGGGCAUGUCCACCACCAGCCAUUACCACACCUACCUGCCUCCGCCGUACCCCGGAUCCACCCAAAACCAAAGCGGGCCCUUCCAGACCAGCAGCACGCCGUACCUCUACUACGGCGCCUCGUCCGGGUCGUACCAGUUCUCUAUGGUGCCAGGUGGAGAUCGAUCCCCCUCCAGGAUGCUGCCGCCUUGCACUAGCGCAUCCACCGGCAGCACACUCAUCAACCCCAACCUGCCCAAUCAGACGGACGGAGGCGAUGCGGACGGCAGCCACAGCAGCUCGCCAACCGUUCUCAACUCCAGCGGGAGGAUGGACGAGUCCGUUUGGAGACCAUACUGA